AUGGCGCAAAUAAGGAUUUCAAACCUUUACGAAUACCUCCAAUCGGUCUCCCUCUUCCCUAUCUCUCCCUCUCCAUCCUCUCUCAUCAGUGCCGCUGAAACCGCCGAGAUCGCUGGUGUGAGAAGCGCUUCGCUGAAGAUCAAGCUGUACCCUAACCCGAGCAAAGAGCUUCCGAAGAGUGAGACAAACUGGUACGCGACACAGUUCCUGAGGCCAGACUUGAUGAAUCCCUUAAGAAACCAACCUCCGUUUUAUUGUUCCUUGGAGCAAGUUGUGGUGAAAGAAGGAUCAUCAUCAUCAAGUACAAGUAGUAGUAUCAUAACAAUGAAGAAGACACCCCAAAAGAAAAAGAUAAUAAUAAAUCCCAAGCGGCAGCAACAGCAACAGCAGCAUGACAAUUCUCAUACAUAUCUUUGUAUAAUUCAUCAUUGUCAGCAGCAACAACUACUUUUCAAGAAACCAAGAAUAUGCAGCGGAAGUUUUAUGUAUGCACAUGUUAUUUUUAUCUAAAUGAGAUGUUUAUUCUUAAUGUAAAUGGGAUACUUUAAUGUAUUUAAUGGUCAAUUUAAGAUGGUCAUUUUAGUAGGUAUGCGGAUGGUUA